AUGCCACCAAAGUUGAAGCGCAAAUCGGCACCUGCUGCCGAGCCCAGCAACUCUGGUAGGAAGAGAACCAAGAUCGAGCAGAAUGACCGGGACCCUUUGCGCCAGCCGCAUCCCUUCUACAAAGACGCCGAGAGACAUGGGAUCGUCCUCCGCAAGUACUACCCUCACGAGAUGAGCAACGACCGCGCACGCGCCUACAACGAUGAUCAACUUCCAAGACCCAUCGAGGAGCUCACCUCCGCCCUGCAAGACACAUCCAAGGCGCGCAAGGCCGUCAAACCCAAAGACGCUGUGGUACACUGGUUCAAGAUGGAUCUGCGCACCGCAGACAACCGAUCGCUGUCCCUUGCGAGCGAAAAAGCCAAAGAAGCAGGGGUUCCGUUGAUCGCCAUGUUCAUUGUCAGCCCUCAGGACUACGAGGCUCAUCUUACUGCUCCAAUCCGCGUCGAUUUCAUGCUCAGGACCCUGCAUACCCUGAGGGGUGACCUGGCCAAAUUAGACAUCCCACUCUACGUCGAGACCGUCGAGAAGCGCAAAAGGAUACCUGACAGGAUCGCAGAGCUCAUGGAUCAGUGGGGAGCCAGCCACCUAUUUGCCAAUAUGGAGUACGAGGUUGACGAGCUCCGCCGAGAGGCGAAGAUGGUCCGCAUGUUUGCCGACAGGGGCCUCUCGUAUGAGGUCCUGCACGACACGUGCGUCGUUCCCCCGGGACAGCUUACCAGCGGCUCAGGCAAACAAUACGCCGUCUAUACUCCUUGGUUCAGAGCCUGGGUCCGCCAUGUACACGACAAUCUAGACCUUCUUGAGCUGUGCCAUCCGCCUGCAAAGAACCCUCCCAGCACAAGGGACAAAUUCAACAGCCUGUUCGACACGGACAUUCCGAGCGAGAUUGCCGACAGAAAGCUCGACGACGAGCAGAAGAAGCGUUUUCGCGCCAUCUUUCCGGCCGGGGAACACGAGGCUCGAAGCCGUUUAGAGAAGUUCUGCGAGGAGAAGGUCGGCCAGUACCACAACAAACGCAACAUCCCCCAUGAUUCCGGAACCUCGAAUCUAUCCGUGCACCUUGCCAGUGGAACCAUCAGUUCGAGGACCUGUGUACGAUAUGCCCGUGACCGUAACAAGACCAAGAAGCUCGACGCGGGUAUCGAGGGGAUUCGUGUCUGGAUAAGCGAGGUGGCCUGGCGCGACUUCUACAAGCACGUCUUGGUACAUUGGCCAUACGUCUGUAUGAACAAGCCAUACAAGCCCGAGUACGCAAACAUUGAAUGGUCAUACGACAUGGACAACUUCAAAGCCUGGUGCGCGGGCCAGACAGGUUUCCCCAUCGUGGACGCCGCCAUGCGCCAGAUGCACGCAAUGGGCUGGAUGCAUAACCGGUGUCGCAUGAUCGUCGCAUGCUUUCUUGCAAAGGACCUCCUUAUUGAUUGGCGUAUGGGCGAGCGUUACUUCAUGGAGAACCUCAUCGAUGGCGACUUUGCCUCAAACAAUGGCGGCUGGGGCUUUUCUGCCAGCGUUGGCGUAGACCCCCAGCCCUACUUCCGGAUUUUCAACCCCUUAUUACAGAGUGAGAAGUUCGACCCGGACGGUGAGUAUAUUCGGAAGUGGGUGCCUGAGCUCAAGGGCAUCACUGGCAAGGCCAUUCACGAUCCCUACGGCCGCGGGGCCGGUGCGCAGGCGAAGAAGACGGGCUAUCCCCAACAAAUUGUCGAUCAUAAAGGCUGCCGAGAACGAGCCCUGGCUGCGUACAAGUUUGGCCUUGGAAGAGGCGACUUGUAA